GCUAGGCUCCGGCAGCCGGAAGUCCCGCCUGCCGUGUAGUCGCCGCUGCUGCUGCUGCUGCCGUCGUUGUUGUUGUGGUUGGUGCGCUGAGCUCCGCGGCUCCGAGAGCCGGCUGCAUCCCUUCCCCGCCGCCGCCAUGAAGUGGAUGUUCAAGGAGGACCACUCGCUGGAACACAGAUGUGUGGAAUCUGCGAAGAUCCGAGCGAAAUAUCCCGACCGGGUUCCGGUGAUUGUGGAAAAAGUCUCAGGCUCUCAGAUUGUUGACAUUGACAAACGGAAGUAUCUGGUUCCAUCUGACAUCACUGUGGCUCAGUUCAUGUGGAUCAUCAGGAAAAGGAUCCAGCUUCCUUCUGAAAAGGCAAUCUUCCUGUUUGUGGAUAAGACAGUCCCACAGUCCAGGGUCCAUAGCAGUGGCCACUGUCCUCCCACCUCACCCCAUCUGCCCUCCCCUGCUGGGAAAGAGAAAUCCAGGUCCGGUGGAAGCACGUGGGCUCCAAAGCAGAUGGGUGACCAGGUGUGUGCCCAUCAGUCCAGCCGGUUCAUGAGUCAAGCUGGAUCCCACAGCCUUCAUGAGCUGCCCUUGGUUGGCCCUUGCCCCUUGGGGGAGGUUCUGCAGGGAUCAGGCACCCACACAGUUCUAGGUCAGCCUCCUCCAGCGCAGAGGCUCUUGAGCAGCUUAAAUCUAAUGUUUGCCCUCAGCAGCUCGGCUAUUUCUGGAUGUGGAUCCUUCUGAAAGGUGCCGUUAUGAAAGGCUCAUUUGUCUGGAUCUGUGUGACUCUGAAUGGAGGGGUGGGUGACAGUACUUGAGGGUAUCACCAUACCUUACUUAGAUUGGCUUCGUGACUUACAAUCUGCCACUGGCUUUUUCCAUUUCUUUCCUGGUCAGACUCAAGAGUUUGGAAGGUGGCAGUGCUUCUGGUACUCAGCGGUACCCUUCUGGGUUGGGUGCAUGUAUGUAAUAGUUGAUGCCACAGCGGUGUGCUUUAGUGUCAGGGACUGGAGGUCAUCUGUGGGUGUCUUCCCCAGCCAGUGACUUAGGCAGGAGGCCUUGGAGUUGCAGUGUUGCUCGUAAGUGAUCAGGCCAUUCAGCAGGUCUGUGCGGCUUGGCCUCGCGGGCGCAUGCGUGUGAGGAUCCUCCGGGCAUUCUGGCAGCAGCCUGCCCAGCGCUGUAUGGCUUGGGCUCUGUGACCUCUGAGAGGGAAGCGCAUCUUCUCAGAGGCUUGUGGAACUUGUCCUAAACUGAUGUGCCAGCCUCCUGCUGUUUUAUCUCGCUGCCUUCCAUUUAACUCUUUUUUUUAAUGGACUUAAAAUUUAAACUGUUUGUGGCCUGGCUCUCUGGGGCUCCAGGCCAAAUUAUUCUGACUUUGUAUGUGUGUCACCCGAUUCCAUAAGUGCUAUUUUGAAAUCAUACCUUACAGAUGUGUCAGUCUUCUUUCUUGGCGCUCAGUGAUACCUCGAAACCGGGCAUUCGCUCACAGGCUGCUGAAUGGAGUGUUCAGCUCCCAGCGUUGAGUUUCCAAGUUUCUGCCCAAGGGGUGUCCCGAGUAUAAGGACCCAGUGCUGCUGCCAACUAAAUAAAGUUUCCACACGAGGCUGCGUGACAGAGAAAGUUUCCACGCGGGGCAGGGAGAGGAAUCUUGCAGUCACCAGGCACAACAGUUGUCACGUUACAGGAUCUGAAGGAGGGAGCUCUGUGUGACGCAGAGGCUGGCAGUGGCGGCCUUACCUGGGAAGCUGUUACAAAUGUAGAAUCUCAGGCCCCACUCCGACCUACUGAAUCCAGAUGGGCACUUGAACUAGAGUGCCAGUGAUUUUGUAUGCACGUUUGUGUGUGUGAGAGGCGCUUUUCUCAGGGAGACCUCUGCGGGAGCUACGGGAUGCUGCCGUUCGGCCAGUAGAAUGGAUCUGUGUAUGCACUUGGAGGCAGCCCAGCACAGUGGUAAGAGUGUGUCCUAGCUGUGUGAUCUGGGGUGAGUCACUUAACUUCUCUGUGGCUCACUUCUAUUAUUUCUAAACUUCGGCCGCCUCAUAAGAUUGUUGUGAGGAUAAAAAGAGUUAAUAUAGGGGCGCCUGGGUGGCUCAGUCGGCUAAGCGUCCGACUUCAGCUCAGGUCACGAUCUCGCAGUUGGUGGGUUUGAGCCCUGCACUGGACUCUGUGCUGACAGCUCGGAGCCUGGAGCCUGUUUCAGAUUCUGUGUCUCCCUCUCUCUCUGACCCACCCCGUUCAUGCUCUAUCUCUCUCUGUCUCAAAAAUAAAUAAAGGUUAAAAAAAAAAUUAAAAAAAAAAAGAGUUAAUAUAAACACACUUAGAACAGUGCUUGGCACGUAAGUGCUAUUAUAAUUAGGAGUUUUAUGAUCACCCUCCAUAGCUGCCGGGGCACUGGUUAGAGAGAUUUAUAAAUGCAGGUUUUACUUAGAAGACGAUGGAAUCUAAAAGCAGGCAGGAAUGAGAGCCGCAUGAUGAUGGACCUUCGCAUUCAGUCUCAGAGGCUGCCUUAGACAGCGUGGCUCCGGUGGUCAUUGUUCAUAUUAGGCAGAGUCAGGGGUUGGCCGCUGGUAUUUAUGAGCUCUUCGAGUGUUUCUUACACAGAAGUGGGAUUUAGAGCCAUCGCACUAGGGCUGCUAACUUGCUAGGAAAAGAGCACACUUAGUCUUCAGAUGGAGCCAGACUUGACAUUGGCAUCAAGGGGUGGCCGCCUUUGAACUGCACACAGUGUCUUUGACCUCUGCCUCUAAAUCCCUCUGGUACUGGUGGUGGGGAGAGGGGAGGACAGGUGCUCGUCAUGGUCAUCCUGGAUACUAGGAUGACGUGGGGCUAAGAGAGCUGUGGCAAUAACUGUAGCUGUUUUCCCUGUGGCCUCAUUCUAAGGAGUCUCAGAGAAAAGCAGGGUUCCUCAGGGCAUUCCCAACCACCAGGGUUAAGAAUCUUCCUGAGAGACUGAGCUCCAUGUCAAGCCUUUUGCUAGCCGCUGGCUCCUUACUCCAGUCCCAGAUCACAUGACUCUUAAAGAUGAGCAUCUCAAACAGGCAAAGACUAGCAUGUGUCUUCCUCUGGCAGAGAGACCGGUUCUCAACCUAGCUGCACCUGGAAUCAUCUUGGGCAUUUUAAAACAUACUGAUGCCUGGCUCCGACCUCCAGAGAUUCUGAUUUAAUUGGUCUGGGGUGGGUCUUGGGCAGGGAGAGGUUUUAAAGUUCCCGGAGAUUCUGUUGUGUAGCUGAGGUUGAGACCCAACACUCUAGGGGUCCCCAGGAUGGGGUUCCUGUCUCUACCCACUGUCCCUCAAGUCCUCACAUGUUCCAGGUCAGUGCUGUCGAGAAAUGGCCUGUGCAAAUUACAUUACAAAUGUAAUUUAAAAUGUUCCAGUACAUUUAAAGAGAAACAGGUGAAAUUAAUUUUAAUAGUAUACUUUAUUUAGUAUAUCUAAAAUGUCAUUUCAGCAGGUAAUAAAAAUUGAGAUUUGUACAUCCUUUUUUCAUAUCAGGUCUUGAAAUCGUGUAUAUGUUUUACACUUACAGCACAUCCCAAUUCAGGGAGCCUUAUUUCAAGUGCUGAAUGUAGCCAGCGGCUACUGUAUGGGACGGCAAAAAUACAGGACAUUUCUAUCAUGGCAGAAAUAGCACUAGUGGAUAGGGCCAUUCCAGGAAGUCUUUCUGUGGAGUCCAGGUUAGGAGGUCCUCACAGGGAGCGCCGUUUACCAGAUGCUGGUGACAGGUCCUUUGUAUUCAUACCUAUCCACCCCCACUUGUUACUUAAGAAUUCUCAUCUACCCACACAGCCAACCAGGCUAACCUUGCAAUUGGGCAGGAAGAAGAGAAAAGGAAAAAUUCCCCUUUGUAAAAAUGUGGCCUGUAUCCCUGUUUAUAUGGAGGUCCCAUGAGGCCUGCUAGGAACACAGCAGCAGGGUGGGGCUGUGAUUGUUUCACCAGCUUGAGGCCUCGGACCCCUCCAUCUCCCGCCCCCCUGCCUCAGUUUUACUGAAUCCUGCAUGUGAGCACCUAUUGUGACCUGUCCAGCUAGUGACCUCUGACGUCUUCAGCUGGCUCUCAGACUGGUAUCUUACUGCUGGUUCUGGUUGACCCCACGCGUGUGGUCACACUGAUGUUUAGCACAUGUCUGUGCCUCCUCCUCGGCUCUCCUAGAACAGUCACGUGGCCAGAGCUCGCCUGGGGUUCCCCGUGUUACUAGUCUUACCCUGGAGCCGGUACAGCUCAGUUUCAUGGCAGAGAACUAGAUUAGGUCUCCUGUACUGCAGUCUGUUUUAUGGCUUAGGGAAAACCAGUUUUCCCACCCACACAUGUUUAAACAAUACCUAUUUCUGGAGGGUUCUUCGGAAGGUUGGGCAGAGUUUCUCUGGAUUCCAGAUAUAUAUAUUCUGAGAACUUUCUGCAUUACGUGUGAGGAAAAUAACUUCUCUUUGAUGGCACCGAUGCCGAUCUCGGGGGCACAGCGUUUUUGGUGGGGGAGCAUCUACAAGAAUGAACCCACUUGUACUUACGUUAGGUACAAAUGAUCCACCUUCAAAUGAGCCUGAAGGAGAAGCACGCUCCAUGUACACUUCUUUACCUUGGCCCUCCACCCACACAGGGAUGGGCUGCUUAGGCUCUUAAUUUUGCUUAGUUUUUUUGUCUUGCCCUCGGCAUCCAGAAAGCAUUCAAGCUAACCAGAGCUGGCCUCUGAAGGAAUAACUUGGCGUGAGGGUGGGUUAAAUGGCCUUGCUUCAGGGCAGGAGAAUGGACAUUUGAUUCUAGUCUUGUCUACUGAUUGCCAGAGGCCUAAUUUAUCCUGGCUCCAUUUCCCUUCUGUAAAGCUGGAUUGUCGGCACACGGCAGUGCUAAGAUUUCAAUUACUUUUCUUGUCUACCACCAAAAGUACGGUAGAACAGCUAGUUUUUAUUUUUUUUUUUAAAUUUUAAAUGUGUAUUUAUUUUUGAGAGACACGGAGAGAGACAGCGCGAGUGGGAGAGGGGGGGAGAGAGAGAGAGAGAGAGCGCGCGCACGUGAGUGGGGGAGGGGAGAGAGAGGGAGACACAGAAUCCGAAACAGGCUCCAGGCUCUGAGCUGUCAGCACAGAUGCUUAACCUACAGAGCCACCCAGGCGCCCCAGGCAGCUUGUUUUAGUAGUCAAGUCCCUUAUCUUCAAACAGACUUGCUCCCAGCACCUUGUGGGUAGACUCAGUGACCAAACCCAAUUUUCAAUGUUGUUUUUUGUUUUUCUCUUUCAAGCCUAACUAUGGGACAGCUUUACGAGAAGGAAAAAGAUGAAGACGGAUUCUUGUA